AUGUCUCCCGACAAUACGAUCAACGCGACGCGUACCAGCGCGGUUAACGUGACGUUUACCGCGAUUUCCCUGACGGGGAACGUGUUUAUCGCGGUGUUCCUGGUAUUGACGGCACUGUGUUGGCUGUGCGAGAAAAAACCCAACGCCGCCGCCGUAGCGUGGAACGCAAUCGUCGUGCUGUGGUACGUGCGCGCGUCUAUCCGUAAAACCGUUUUGUGUUUUCUCUCGUCCGUUUUUUCCCGUCGUUUUUAAAAUCGGCAACGCGUGUCCGGGCAUCGGGCGAAUCUCUGCCUAAAGAGAAUCGCGCCUCGUCCCCGCCUUGCCGUCACCCGCCGGCCGGCCGGCUGUUUUCCUGUGAAAAACCACGUCCGUUUCCCGCGUCCGCGACCGAACCGGAUUUCCACAGCGGGUUUUAACAGCGCGGCUCUAGGUACCCGCGGAUGUUUUUUUUUUCCGCCGACGCGAACAACGGUGACUAUAAAUCCGCCCCGCGUUACUGCUAAACGCUGACGGGAUUGUUGAUAUUGUGCGGAUAUCAUUUUCACGCGUUAACUAUCCGGGUGCAUAAAGUAUUAUUUCAAAUUGAUUACUGGUGUCUACUGUGACCGGACUCGUCGUCGGUCGACCCGAACCGCCGCGGUGUCCGGAUACUUGUCGAAAUUCAUCGCGGAAGUCCCGUUAUAUUUCGUACAACGACAAUGUAUCGGCCACCGUUUACAGUAUGGAAAUCGCAAACGAUUUUCAGAAAUUCGACCACCGGUGACCGGCGCACGCCACCACGUGCGUUUUAUUCCUCAAUCCGCGGAAAUUGCGAUUUGAUUUUUUUUUUUUUUUACUUUUUCUACUUCUGGAUUCCGUUGUUUAUGCAUACGGAAAUAAAAACUGUGCUGCUCUCAUUUUGUUUCGUUUUUUUUUUUUGAUUUAAGCAAAUUCCUAUGCAAAAGUUCGAUGGUAUUGUCCCCCGCAAGAUACCGAACGGUUAGCAGUGUUAUUACGCCGAAAAAAUAUAGCGUCAUUAACGUUUUAUUCCUCAAUCCGCGGAAAUUGCGAUUUGAUUUUUUUUUUUUUUUUUUUUUUAUCUAUGAUUUCCCUCGGUGUUCCACGAUCACGAUGGAAAAAACCGUAUUUAAUUUAUAAUAUAAUAAUGAACAUUUUCUUUAAACGGAAAGUUCGAUCUCUAUUGGUCCGGGGAUAUACCUCGAAAAUACUUGUUCGAUUUGCGUCCUUACUAAUUAUACUUAUGAUAAUAUUUUAAGUGUGUUAAAAUUAAUAUUAAUAUUAAUUAAUGCCUAUUAGAUUCGUGAGUUUUAAAUUUAAUUACAGGAACGUUUGUCAAGCGAUGAUAAAGGGCGUGUACACCACGGGCAAAAAUGAGGAUCCGGACGUCGAAGAACCCGAGUCAGCGGAUUCUUCCGGUGACCAAGCUUAUGAUCAAACUCCGGGUUCUUUGACGGCCGACCUCGUUCCACCGUCGUUAACCCCUUACGUUUCGUUUUCACAGCUAGGAGUUAAUACCUCCCAAGAAAUCGGUAAAUAUACAUUCUAAAAUAGACUUCUGUAUAAAAACUAUGACAAAAACCCACCUAGCUCCUAAUAAAUUAUUGUUGAUUUGAUAUAGAAGAAGCCUGCAUGAGUAGCAUAAUUCUAGUAGUUCUAUAACCAGAAGGGCGCAACCAGUCAAAAAAGCUCUGAACUAUUUUAAAUUUAGUUUAUUUGAUUUGCAUUUGGGAGAGGUAAUAAUACUUUUGAUAUUUGUUGUAUGUAUUUUUUUUUUUCAUCUUGUAACAAUUAUUUUUAUUUUCACUAAUUUUGAUCAAUAUUUAAUAAUUUAUCAUAAAAAAAAAAAAAAAAUUAAAAAAAAUUUGUUUAUGUUACAAUGGGACCACAGUUAUGUAAUUUUAAAUUGUUUUAAAAUUUUGCAGCAAAUAUAUAAGCAUAUUUAUUGUCAUUUGUAUGAUCAGUUAAAUUGGUGGCAUAGUAAUGGCGAUCCAAAAUUGGCGAUUGUCGGAGAACUUUUUGGGGGGCUUAUAGCCCAAGGAAUAAUACUGUAAUUAGAUUUCUUUGGUUUUAGUAUAAAUAAUUAUACUUAUAAGUUAGAUUAUAUAAUAUAUGUUUUUUUUUUUUUAGCAAUUUAUCGGACGAUUGGAAGCCAGAGGCUAGAACUAUUUUAAACUAUUUAGAAAAUGAUGAUAUUAAAUAUGUGAACUUCGCCCAAUCAGCAUUCAAAACAUUAAAAAAAGAUUUACCGCCAAGGUAUUCAUAUCUAAUCCAGGUGUUUCAAAAAAGAAAAAAUUACUGUCAAUGUAUUAUUUUAAACUUAUAAAAUUUCUUAGAAUAAUUAAUUGAGUUAAUAUCCGAUUCACAGAUUUAACAAUAUAGCAAAUAAUAAUAUAGGUAAUGGAAUAGCCAAUAGGUAUCGCUAAGUAUCAUUUUUGUAUCAGAAACUCGUGGUGUUUACAAAACUUGGAUAAGUAUUACUUAUCGAUCAUUACUAUCAUAUUAUGUUCUUAAAAUACGGUUGUAGGUUUUAUGCGAAUAGUAGAAGAAAACUGUAAGAUUUUGGAAUGGCGAAAUGAUUCUCGUGAUAAUCUCUUACUUAAUUAUUAUACUUUGCUACUGCAAAAUAUGCAUCGCAAGAGACUGGGCAUUGGUUCUUGUGAAUUUAUACGAUAUUGUAUAGGUACUAAAAAUACCAUAUACUUAUUUAAUAACUUAAUUAUAGGUAGGUAGUUAACAAUAGGUAAUAAAAUGUAAAAAAUCAAAAAUUUAUUAAUAAAUAAAUAACCAUUUUGUGUUAGUGAAACUAUACUUAUUGUCUCACAAAAGACAUUAUUAUAACCAAACGUACCUAAUAUUUAAUGUACCUACUUAUAUUUUUAGGAAAUGA